GAUGCUUAGCGUUCAGAAGUUUUCCAAUGCGCGCUCCGACAGACAGAGGUGGCCAGUACGCGAGUCCAAUCCACUAGUCACAUUUUGUAAAUACGGUGGCAUAACGUGGACUCUCGGUUGGACUGCCUUCCCGGUUUCAGAGGACUUUGUGGAUUGCUUCAGACUUCUUGACGUCUGUUCUUCGCCAGCGCCGUUUGGAGAGAAGUCAUGCAGGCGCGCUAUUCCGUCUCCAGUCCCAACUCGCUGGGAGUCGUGCCGUACAUCAGCAGCGACCAAAGUUAUUACCGGGCCGCCGCCGGAGGGGGGUACACCGGGAUGCCAGCUCCCAUGAGCAUGUACUCUCACGCGGCCCAUGAGCAGUACCCUGCCAGCAUGGCGAGGGCGUACGGACCGUACACGCCGCAGCCGCAGCCCAAGGAUAUGGUAAAACCGCCGUACAGUUACAUCGCGCUCAUCACGAUGGCCAUCCAGAACUCCCCAGACAAGAAGGUGACCCUAAACGGCAUUUAUCAGUUCAUAAUGGAGCGCUUUCCCUUUUACAGGGACAACAAGCAAGGUUGGCAGAACAGUAUCAGACACAAUCUAUCCCUGAACGAGUGCUUUGUCAAAGUGCCCCGCGAUGACAAAAAGCCUGGUAAAGGCAGCUAUUGGACCCUGGACCCGGACUCGUAUAAUAUGUUUGAGAACGGCAGCUUUUUGCGCCGACGACGGCGUUUCAAAAAGAAAGACGCCUUGAAGGAUAAAGACGAGCGAAACGUCAAGGAAGCGCCUUCUCGCCAGCAGAAUCAGAACCAGAAUCAGACGAACCGCGAUCAGGAGCAGUCGGCGCCAGGCUCGCAGCCAGUGCGCAUUCAGGACAUUAAAACCGAGAACGGCACAUCCACGCCUCCGCAAGCCGUGUCUCCCUCGCUAAGAACCGUUCCCAAGAUCGAGAGCCCCGACAGCAGCAGUAUAUCGAGCGGUAGCCCUCACAGCAUCCCCUCCACCCGCUCUCUCAGCCUGGACAGCGCCGGCGAACAGCAGCAGCAGCAACAGCAGCAGCAUCACCACCAAGGCCAGGCCGCCGCGCAGGGCUUCAGCGUGGAUAACAUCAUGACCUCCCUCCGCGGCUCGCCUCAGAGCUCCGGCGAGCUCACCCCGUCUCUCGUGGCCCCCUCACGGACAGGUAUAACUCCCACGUUGUCCCUGAACUAUUCUCCCAAUCAGACGUCUGUGUACAGCUCGCCUUGCAGCCAGAACUCAAUCUCGACUACCUCCAACGCCACCUAUCAUUGCAACAUGCAGGCCAUGAGCUUGUACGCGGGCGGGGAUCGCUCGGGCCACUUGGCCACCACUACCACCACCGUGGACGAAACUCUGCCCGAUUACUCGAUCACGACCACCACGUCGUCCUUAAACCACGGGAAUCCUCAGGAGGGCCACCAUGCGCACCAAGGGCGCCUCGCGUCAUGGUACCUAAACCAGGCUGGAGACAUUGGCCAUCUAGGCGCCACUUACCCUGCGCAGCAGCAGAACUUCCACUCGGUCCGAGAGAUGUUCGAAUCGCAGAGAAUCGGUCUGAAUAACUCGCCGGUGAACGGGAAUAACAGCUGUCAAAUGUCGUUUCCCCCGAGUCAGCCCAUAUACCGCACGUCGGGGGCUUUUGUGUACGACUGCAGCAAGUUUUGACCAAACAAGUAGCCUAUUUUUUGUUCUCCUUCUUCGUUUUGUUGUUGUUGAUUUCCUCUGUUCUCGAUACCGAGAGACGCUGAUAGCUAUUUACCGACUCUACCCCCGUGAUGGACUGAAAAGAAACCGAACACAAACGCGAGUCAGACACACUUGAUCUUGGUUUGUUAAGGACAGUGUUACUUCGAAUAACACGUAAGUCUUCUUCGUUUUUGUGAGCUAUAUGCUGGGCUGUGUUGACGUGCGUCAGACGUUUAUGGACUUGUUAUUACGUGUAAAUUGCAUAUAGUAAUUUAUUUCUAAAGUGUAGCCGGAUAUUAUGGACCAAACACCAAAAAGUGUUUCUAAAUCGAACUGCAUUCAUUGUCCAAAUGUUCCACUAUAACAAGGAACGGAACAUGUAUAACGCCAUAUUCUUUCAAAUUAUCUCCUUUUGUUGAAAAAGUAUUCUGAAGGAACUGCAUUGUUUGUUUAAUAAAUUGCCAUGCUAUUUGAGUUAAAAUUAGGCUACGCCUGAUUUCUUAAACCCCUUUCAGGAACAGAACUGUGUGCUAGUAUAGAGUAAUAAUGCAUUUAGAGCACAAUAGCUUGAAGAAAGUGCCAAUUACCUCCAUAAAUGAUCCAAAUAAGCGUGCCGAAAUGAUUCGGCUUUGCUGUGGCACAGUUUCUUGAUCCAAACGCCCGUCUAAUGCUAAAAUGCAACAAGAAACGAAUAAAUAUCUGAUCGUGCACGCUGAUUUAUAUGAAAAUAAUCACAGGCCCUGCAAGCAAAUUAAUAUUUUACGGAACCGUGCAAUAGCCUACUAAAUAUGCAUUCAUCAGCUUGAGAUUUAUUUUAAUUUUCUUUAUUUUUUAAUGUUAUUAAUUAAAUGCUAUUUAUGUCUAGGUUUUUAGUAAUUUUAUCAUUACUCAUUACAUAUUUUAUUAAAUCUAAAUUUAGCAACAUUCUACGCUUAUAUUGUAUAUACUAAAUAAAUACAUUAAAUACAAAAUAUGAAAAUAUCAUGUGAUUCAAUUAAAUUAAAUUUGUCUAGAAUCCACGGCCCGCAAUUAAGUAAGGCGGAAUUCAGACGUACAAUAUUAUUAUUCUUAUUACAAUUAUUAUUAUUGUUAUUAUCUGUAUAGUAACUGUAAAAAUAAUUCAAUUGUAAGCUAAAAAUGUGGUUAAUGUGGUAGCAUCCAAUUCAUCUGGGUUUAAGUCAAAAUAUUAUUUAAUGUGCCUGAAUCAAAUUCAUGAAUCUAAGUUACACCACUAAAAUCCUUUUGAAGGUUUAGACCAGAUAAAUCUCUUUAAACAACAACUGCAUAUUUUAUGUUUUUACAGAGCAAUAGCAGUGGUAGUAACAUAAUCAACUAUUGUCAUGCAGUUUAUAUUUUAAUUGAUGUGAGGUGACGACGUGUUUUGUUAUAAUUUGCUCUUACGCAACUCCAUAAGCAGACUCCGACUGUCUGUCAUCGUCGUGACCUGAGGCUUUUGGGAACAGUGUUUGGUCAUUGUAAUUCAGCACUUGUGUUCAGUGUCCACGUGUUUACUUGCACAUAGCUUGGUUAAUAUCAUACCAGACAUGCCAAAGAUACUCAGAUCACCACUAGAGGAUUCAGCAGGACUUCUAGAAGGCGCAGCAUAAAUAUACUUAAAGAGGCGCGUCCUCAGAAAAGGCCUAUGCAGAAAAUCAACUCCUGUGUACAAUUUAAAAAAAACUAAAAGAUGCAGAUUAUAUGUAGUUAAAUCUUCUGACGUUUAUCUGGACAUCCACCAGUCAGGUUAAAGAAACAUGCCACUAAAAUACCCGUAUGUUUAAUAGCAUUUCUUGAUUCACAUUUAUUCAGAAAUGCUAUUUGGGAAUAAGCGAGUGGCAUCUCCUUUUAUUUUUCUUCAUUGUAUUGAUGUGAUGCCACGAACAUUUAUAGGCUUUUAAAUGAUACAAUUUUCCAAACAAUUAAGUAAAAUGUGAAGAAUAUGUAACUGUAAAAAGUGAUGAUCUGCAACUGUUACCUUAACGAUCUGAUUGAUCUCAUAAACUUUUAUGGUUUUAUUGGUAUUGGUAUAAAUUAAUGUAUUUAGGUUGAUUCAGAUAUAUUAAAUAAUAUUUUUGACUCGAAUGAAACCAGUUAACGGAGAUGUUACCAUUUUUAUCAGUGUAUGAAAGCUCGCUGAUACUUAAACUUGUUUUAAAUGUUUAAGUUUGUGUAUAUUUAUUAUUAUUAUUAUUUACGGACAAUAUUAUAUUUUUAUGUAUUUAUUUUAGUCUGCGGCCCAGUUAUAGGCCCAAAGACCUUGAGGGCAAAGGCACACGUGUUCUCAUUGCCUCACAUAUUUUCAUUGCAUGAGCGGUUGGUAGUGAUUACAGCGGUUAAUUAAUCGGCCAAUUAACUUGCGUGCUUCAACAAAACGGCUCGGGUUUGCCUCGUUCACUCGGGACGGUAUGUGGUAAAUGUGCCCAUAUUCCGUUUGUUUAAAAUUUUACUUUUAAAAUAGUAGGCCUACUCACACUAACUUUUCAGAACGUUCAUAUGCAUAAUAUGUAUAGAUAUGAACAUAACCGAUUUUGGAGCAUUUGUUAGUGCCGGCAAUAAUAAUAAUAGCCUGGCAUAGGCUUAUUAUUAAUUAUUAUUAUUAUUGAUAAUAAGAAUAAGAAUAAUAGGUUUCAGUAUCAGUAAUUGUACAUAAAUGAAACAUGACACUUACAAUUUUAGUUACAGCUUACAAAUAAUUUGUGCAGCGCAUGUGCGUCUGGUCACAAUGAAUUUUGGCCUUCACAGCGCAUUCUCUCCCCACAAAAAAAAAGUUGUAAUCAUGCUCAUAAAAGUCAUUAGAGCCUUUCCCGAGUAAUAAACAAACGUCGUGUUAAGCCCAAGAUUGAUGGCGCCCUCACAGAACGGGCCAGGUCAGGAAGGAAUAAAAUUCAAUCAGUGCGCAGGAAUCAUUUUUCAUGAGACGGAAAAGGCAGAAGGGGACGGGGGUCAAUAGGGAGGAUGUCGGCCGCCGGAGCAGCAUCAACAAUACCGCAGGAGAACAGCGACAUGAACGUGCUGUGUACUCCAGAUCAGCUCCUUAAAUCUGCAUGAUUUCCAGCUCCCUCACGAGCAGUCUUAUCGGACAGAACAGAGCAGAGCGGUCUGAGUUAUAGGACAGUCCAGGUGCAGAGAGGUGUGUUUUGCUGCUUGCAGGCCUUCAUUUGAAAUUCCACAUGCAUGCUUUCAUUCGAGCUCUUGGAUUGAGAGAGAUCCUGACUCCUGCACCAGGCUGGAGCUUGGAGUGUUUUAGGCGUUGCAUUCUCUCGUUCUUGAAAUAGCUGUUUCACCCCAGAUUAAUAGCCUACAUGUUACGUAGCAAAGGGCCUAUUUUGCUUUGACAAUCGUCUUUUAAUUUUAACGUUCAAAUAAUGAAUUGAAAUGCUGUUCGUCAUUUGUUCAAAAUUUACCACCAAACAGAAAAGUUUCGCUGAGCGAUAUUUUUUAGCAACAUGAAAGCCUAAACCAAACAUAAAUUCCAAAAGAACAUUUGCAACAAUUUAUGUAAAAUGUUUCUCUUUAAUACAUUUUCCGUUCUAAAACGUACUUUUAAAAUGUUAAAAAUGUUUAUUAAUAAAAUGCUACACAAUCCUGA